AUGGAAAAUACUAGAAGAACAGAUAUGCCCUCUGACCGAGAUAUUAGUAAUAUUCAAAGUGGUGAUGAUAAAAGUAAUAUAGAAAUGUUGGAUUUACAUCAUUGUGACGAUUUAUCUAUAACCGAUAAUAUUCAAAAAAAUGAUUUACAUGAACAAGGUGCUACUACUUCGCAACCAAAUCGUUCAGAUGAUAUAGAGGCUAAUGAGUAUACACUUUUUGAUAUAAUGGAUCAUAGUGAGGAAGAUAAUAACGGCGAUAGCCAAGAGAAUAGUGAUGAUCAAGAGAAUGAUGAUGAAACAGCUCCAUUUACUCAUAGUGGUGGUAAUAACAACAACAAUGAAGAUGAUGAUGGUGAUGAUAAUAAUAAUAAAAAAAUUACUAAUAAAAAUAAUACUAAUAGUAUCAUAAACUCAAACAGUCACUUUCAUACAUGGUCAGGUAUUAAACGAUCCAUACCCAGUCUAGCGUUGUUUGCUUUCUUAAUGUGUUGUGUAUUGAUUUUAAUGACUUCUACUUUAUUGCAUGGUUCAUCCACCUCAUUUUCCACUUUCAAGAAAAAUAUGUUUAAUUGGAGACAUAACAAUGGUGUUGCAAAUUCUUUUCUAAGGUUCAAUCAUUUUAAUAAUGGGCCCACUUAUAAUAUUCAUAAUACUUCUCAUAUUAGUCUAUCUAAUGGUAACGAACAUGUAUUGGAAUAUAAUCCACAAUAUAGAAAGGCUUCCAAGAAACUAUAUGAAUUAUUAUCUGAUUUCGAUACUGCUUUUUAUGAUGAUAAUAAUAUGGUAUUAGGAACAGAUAAAUUUUCUCAAGAAAAUACUUACUCAAGACAACCUUAUGUAUCUAAUGGAUAUAUUGGUGCGAGAUUACCCAACAUUGGGUUUGGUUUUUCUUUAGAUACUUUUAACCCAUGGACUCCAGAUUCUAAAAAUAUACCAGAUUCUUUGAAUAAUGGUUGGCCAUUAAGAAAUAGAAGAUUUACUGGUGCAUAUGUCUCCGAUUUUUAUUCAAUACAAAAGUCAUUAAAUUCAACAAAUUUUCCAGAAUUAGAUGAAAAGGGUUAUUCCACAGUUAUUUCAACAAUACCACAAUGGACAAAUUUACAAUUCUCUAUAGAAUUCAAUAACAGAAUUCAUUGGUUUAAUCCGCAAAUGGUAAAAGAUGAAGAUAUUACAAAUUACAAACAAAAUUUAUCCAUGAAAAAUGGUGUUGUCACUACCGAGAUGGAUUAUCUAGAUUCUUUAGUUCACAUUAAAUCGGAUGUUUGGACGCAUAGAAGAAUGUAUCCAUUAGGCGUUUUAAACGUUGAAAUCACUUUAAACACUGAAAAAUUAAAUUAUAAUAAUAAUAAUAAUAAUAAUAAUAACAGAAAUUCUAAUGAUGAAGAGUAUAAUUCGGAUGAGCAAGUAAUUUUAACUGUCUAUGAUACUUUAGAUAUGGAAACCUCCUUUAGAACAUUUUUGCAAACAUCGGGAAUUGAAGAGGAUAAUAAUGCCAUCUUUAUGGUGGUCCAUCCUGAUAACAUCCCUUAUUCUAAUGCUGCAAUUUAUUCAACUUGUUCUGCACAUUAUGGAAAUAGUAAUGGUUGGAGAACUCCAAAAAAGGAUUUUGCAUUUAAAAAAAAUUUUUCAUCAAUUGGAAAUGAUGAUAAUGGUGAGAAAAUAUCACAAUACACAAAAGUUAACUUAUCUAAAUAUAAUAAAAAAUUAAUUAUAAAUAAAUACUCCGCAAUCAUAUCGUCUGAGUUCAAUUCAAAUGAACAAAAAUCUAAUUUAGAAAUGGCUAAAGAGAUUGCCUUAGCAAGUAAGGGCAAUUACGAAAGUCUAUUGAAAUCACAUACUGAAGCAUGGGCCGAAUUAUAUAAUGAUGCAUUUAUUGAAAUCCCUUCCGAUAGUUUAUUAGAAAUGACGGCAAGAUCAUCAUUAUUUCAUAUUUUGUCCAAUACAAGAAAAUAUAAUGUUUCCGAAGAAAGAGGACUGCCUGUGCCAGUAGGUGGUUUAUCAUCGGAUUCGUAUGGAGGUAUGGUAUUUUGGGAUGCUGAUAUUUGGAUGCAACCUGCUGUAUUACCAUUUUUCCCAAAUAUUGCAAAACAAAUGAGUAAUUAUAGAAACGCAACCCAUCAACAAGCUUUAUUGAAUGCAAAAGAGCAUGGUCAUCCCGGUGCUUUAUAUCCUUGGACUUCUGGACGAUUUGCUAACUGUAGUUCAACAGGCCCAUGUUAUGAUUAUGAAUAUCACAUUAAUGUAGACGUUGCUAUGGCUAGUUUUUCAAUUUAUAUGAAUGGCGGAGAAGGCAUUGAUGACGAUUAUUUGAGGUAUACAACGUGGCCACUUGUUAGAGAUGCGGCAAUCUUUUUUGCUUCAUUUGUACAAUUUAAUCAAACCAUAGGUAAAUAUGAAACUUACAAUUUGACAGAUCCUGAUGAAUUUGCAAAUUUUGUUAAUAAUGGGGCAUUCACAAAUGCAGGGAUUAAGACUCUCUUAAAAUGGGCUACUGAUAUCGGGAAUCAUUUAGGAGAGUUUGUAGAUCCUCGUUGGAUGGAAAUAUCUCACAACAUCUAUAUCCCUAGAUCCACUUCAAAUAUUACUCUAGAAUACAGCGGUAUGAAUAGUUCGGUCGAAGUGAAACAAGCAGAUGUAAUAUUAAUGGUGUAUCCAUUGGGUUAUCUUAAUGAUGAAUCGAUCUUGAAUAAUGCUAUCCGUGAUUUGUAUUACUAUUCAGAAAAGCAAUCUGCCUCUGGUCCAGCAAUGACAUAUCCUGUAUUUGUUGCUGCUGCUGCUACUCUUUUAAACCAUGGUUCAUCUUCCCAAAGUUAUUUGUAUAAAUCUGUAUUACCAUACUUAAGAGCACCAUUUGCUCAAUUUAGUGAACAAUCUGACGAUAAUUUUUUAACAAAUGGGCUUACCCAACCUGCAUUCCCAUUUUUAACUGCUAAUGGUGGUUUUUUGCAAAGUAUACUGUUUGGCUUAACUGGUAUUAGAUAUACUUAUGAAGUAGAUCAAGAAACAAAGCAGAUAUAUCGUGUACUAAGGUUUAAUCCUACAGAACUACCCAGAUUACCAGGUGGAAUUGCUAUACGUAAUUUCAAAUAUAUGAACCAAGUUUUAGAUAUAAUAAUAGAUGAUAAUAAUGGUACUAUUGUUCACAAAUCAGGAGAUACUCCAAUAAUGAUUAAAAUUCCAGACCGUUCUUUAAUUCAUGAUAGAGAUGUAGAACCUUACAGAGGUAUCAAUAAAACUAAUAAUCUGCCUGUUGAAGAUAUAAACAACUCCAUUCAAGUUGAUGAUCAUGUAGAAAUCCUACAGAAUGGUUCUUACUACAUUCUUAACCCUAAAGAAGAGUUAAAAUUACCUUUAUUUAAAUUAAAGUUAAAUGUUAAGGGUAAUAUUGUAGAAAAUAAGCAAAUUACAAAUUUGACUGAAGGUGUACCAGGCGAUGUCGCAGUUUCAGCUUUGGACGGUAAUAAUUAUACUCACUGGCAGCCAAUGGAUAAAUAUAGGCCAGCUAGAUUAUUAAUCGAUCUUGGAAAAGAUAACCAACAAGAAAUUAAAUCUGGGAUGAUUCUAUGGGGAGGAAGACCUGCCAAGAACUUUUCAAUUUCAAUACUACCUCAUAGUGAUCAAAUUGAAAGAAUACUUGAGAAAGUUUCCGAUCGACUUGAAUCUACUGAAGGUAGCGAAAAAUCUAGAACUAUUCAGGAGUUAUUAGAAGAUAUUGGUGAUGUUAAAGACACAAGCAUGGAAGGUUGUCAAAAUAGCGAUGAGGAUAGAUGCACAAAUGAUUUAGAGUCCAUCUUACAAUGGACCUUAGAUGAUCUGGACAAUAUAUUAUCUAAUUUACCACAACUUAAAUUGUUGAAUAGGAAAUUCAUUACUAUAUUAAAAGACCAUGAGGUAAUCCCUAGUGAACCCUUUUUCCCAGAAAUUAUUGAACAAUCAUUAAUCGAAAUAUUGCCUAGUAAUAAAACAUAUUUCCAUAUAGAUUAUUCAAAAAUAAAGAUAGGGUCUAACGGUAAAAGUUUGGAAGAUAAUGAAGAAGAUAGAAAAGCGAGAUUUAUAGUGUUGACAGUUAAUGGAGUCUUUGAUGAUGAUAACGAUAGUAAAGGUGCAACCAUAAAGGAGAUUGUUUUAAAAAAUGACGAUACUGAGUUUAUAGAUAUUUAA